CGCUGCCACGUCUGAGCCCGCUUCCUGUGGAGGACGCAGCCAAAGGGACAGCAGCGGAGGAGAGGGAUAUACUUGAAUUAAUUAACGAUCUGCCAUGCUGCCCAGGCUUCCUGUCUGUAUCCUCAUUUCUUUGCCAGUUCUUCUGGUGCAGGGCAGCACCACGGAUUCAUCCAAGAAGAGCCCUGCUGCCCCAGCCACCCCGCCUCCACCCCGCCCACCGCCUCCUCUGGGUGACCCCAGCUGGGCUCUGGGUCUGCACCUGUACAAGGCUCUGCGCUCUGACUCAGGCUCUGUAAACACCCUCUUCUCUCCUCUGCUUGUGGCCUCCUCGCUCGGAGCGCUGGGUGAAGGUUCAGCAGGCACCACUUCCAGCCAGGUCCAUGACCUCCUCAAGACUCCAGUCACUGCCACCAAGGCUGAAGCCCGUGCCGGGGAGCUCCUGUCCGGGGCGUUGAAGAGCUUCACUGAAGCCAAUGGCACCAGCUUUCACCUGCGCGCAUCCUCAGCUCUGUUUUCCAAGCAAGCUCCUCCAGUCAGCCAGGCGUUUGUGAAGGAGUGCCAGGCCAGGUUCGGGCUGCAGCAUCGGCCACUGGGAAAAGGAGAUUCCAAGGCUGACCUGAAGAAGCUCCAUAGCUGGGCUAAAGCUGGGCUUGGUGGACUGGAGGGGGCUCCUUUAGCGGAUGAAAUCCAGGCUAAGGAUGGAGCUUUGAUACUGGCCAAUGCCCUGCACUUUAAAGGGCUGUGGGAGAGAGAGUUCAGCGGUGAGAGCACAGAUCAUCGUACCUUCUUGGGGAAGAAAUACACCAAAGUGAUGAUGAUGCACAGAGCAGGUUUGUACCGUCACCAUGAAGACAUUGAAAACAUGGUGCAGGUUCUGGAGGUGCCCCUAUAUGGGGGCAAGGCCAGCGUGGUGCUCCUGCUGCCCUUCCAUGUCGAGAGUCUGGCGAGGUUGGAGAAACUGCUGACACCUGAGCUGCUGUCCAAGUGGCUGGAGAAGACCAAUAUCACUAGUAUGUCCAUCUCGCUGCCUCGGGCAAACAUCACCAGCACACUCAGUCUCCAGAAACAGUUGUCUGCUUUGGGCUUGACUAACGCCUGGGACCAGAAGGCAGCUGAUUUCUCCGGGGUGUCCAGCAAGGGCAAGGGGAAACUCCACCUGGGUGGAUUCCUCCAUUGGGCUUCCCUUGAGUUGGCUGCUCAAGCUGGGAAAGGAGAAGCAGAUCUGGAGGAGGAGAACGUCGAAAAGCCCAAGCUGUUCUACGCCGAUCACCCCUUCAUCAUCUUUGUUAGAGACAACGCCACUGGAGCCCUGCUGCUGAUGGGAGCUCUGGAGCAUGUAGAGGGAGAGGCCCUCCAUGAUGAACUGUAAUACCACCGACAUCUAUCCUUUUUCUUGUCUUCUUUGGCUCUGUUUCUUACACACUCCCUCUCAAAGACAACACACUGGUUUCUAAGUCGAGACAUUGUCAUUCACUGUGGCACACUAUCACAUCAAACUAUGGCUGGCUGUCAUACAUUGACACUGCAUAGUCUGGCACUGACUGACACUGCCAUACCCGACAGUUACACAGUCACACACACAUACCGACGCCUACAUGGCAUACAUAAAAAUACAGUACAAGACAUUACUAAAGUUGACGGAUACAGCAAAAACACUAACUCGGAGAGACUUACUGCAUUUUCUCUCUCCCGCGCAUGUGCACCCCUACACACACGCACACACACACACACUCAAGGCCUCAAUGAUCAAGUCAACACAAAACAAAAUGACAAGAAUGCUCUGACAAACACUAAGAUGCUGACAAGCAGAAGUGGUUACACUCGCCCAACACUUAGAGCAGCAUCAACAAAGAACUUUAACAAAUAGAAGCUCACAGUGACACUUGAAUCCUCCCUGUCAGGCAAACACAAAGGCAGGUGGGUGCGUGUGCUUAUGUGUGUGUGUGUGUGUGUGUGUGUGUGUGUGUGUGUGUGUGUGUGUGUGUGUGCUCGGUGACCGACAGAUCAAGGGUGCCCACGCGGCCGCUCUCGGAGCUGGCAGGGACCUAUGGCAGGGUCCCCUGGGCAACAUCAGAGGAAGACUGAUGGAUCAUCCAAGUGCUUAUUGAUGAGCCAGCUUAAUGCUAAUGGCCGUAAUGAGUCACAACGCUUGUCAACAACACGGAGAGGACAGGGGAACCUUUUAAUCUCUUAAUACCAUCAGGGAUCAAUGACACCGUUAUGCCGCUGGAAACAAACAUGACUGACAUCGCUCGACUUAAAUGUAACAACUUAAUAUUUAGGAUAAUUGCAGCCCUUCAAAAAGGUAUUGAUUGUCAUUUCCAGAUUUGUUUUUUAUAGCACCAGAGGGGUGGUUGUGAUAUGUGAAUGAACUACUGUAGUGACUGCCUAAGUGUAUGUUUGAUAUUUGAUAUGGUGCAUUUUUUAAAAUAAAUAUUUCUAUUUGAUACAAAGCAAUCAAUCAUCAAAACAUGUAUUAUUAAUAUAUAAUUCAUGUGGACUGCCACAGCUCCAUCUUUCUUGACAGCACUGAUACCGGCCAAGACAGGAGUCUGUUUUUUGUUUUAUUUUAUUUUUUUCUUACUUCUACCCUGAACUGAAUUGGCUGACACUGAGCCUCAAGGGUGUAUGGAAGCAGAUUUAAAGCCCUGAACCAGCAUCAGUUAUUGAAUUUUUAAGGGGCAACACACGAUAGGCUGGCAGUACCUAGAAAGUGCAGCAACAACUUUGUCAACACACUCACCCAACAAACAACAAAGGUAAAAUGUUUCUCUAGUAUCUUAUAUCGUGUAUUUUAUUAAAAACUCUACAUUACAGUACAUUUCUGUCCAACUACAUAGGGUGCUUUUGUGUUGUAAUAGAUGUGUCUGUACACACGAAACACUCACUGUUUACAGUCUGACCUUUUUCUCAAGAUGCUGUCAAAGUCUGGUACUGGUGAAAGAAGUAGUUUAUUUUCUUGAAAGUGAAAAUGUGUGCUACAUCUGUUCUGUUACAGUGCUAAGUAACAACGUCUAGACGCACAGCUGGUCCGUCUGAUGCACAGCAUUCAACGAAUCUGUUCCAGUAACACUCAGGUAUUACAGCUUUGUUCCUAAUUUAGCCCUCUGCACAGGUCUGCUCAGCAACAGUAGGUGUCGUGCACUUGUGUGUGUGUGUGUGUGUACUGUUAGCGAGUGCAUUCAUGUGUGAAUAAAGCUACCACAAUGACCUCUGCAGUGGCCUCCUGUGCAGCAGAGACUUGUAAAGGGCACCAUACUGCAGGUAUACUCCACACUGAAUAAACCCGGGAGCCCAGUUUAGACAAGCCGAUGAUGGAUCCGAGGCCAUCCGCUGUGAGCACAUCAAUCCUGCUCAUUCCAACACCAGCUCCCCGCUGACUCACCUUCACAAUUUAUUCAGCUCAGAAUACUGACGAACACAUACAUGUCUACAUCUGUUCACAGGGGAAAGGUAAGAAAACCUCUGAUCUCAGCGAGCUAUAUGUACAGUAUGUGGAACUAUGAGGAUAAAUGUGAUAUGCCAGUGUAACAUUUUAAUGCAGCAAUAAAUAUAUAUGGGCUCUUUGUCCUGUCUUUUGGCACAAA